AAAAAAGAAAAAGCCAAUAAAGGGGUCGACCUCUUUCUACUACGUGCCUACAACAAACAAAAAAAGAAAAAGAAAAAAAAGAAAAGAAAAAAAACUCCUCUCAAAUUCUUUACCUUGCCUGUAAUCCGCAACAAAGAUUUCGCGGGGGCCCAGGCCGCUGUCAAUCCCUGAUAUCCACCGCUCAGAUGAGGUGACAUCCGUAAUUCUUUUCUCGCAUGAUUUCUAAAUGGAUGUAGCGUCCUCGUCGUGUGAGCCUCCGACGAACGCCAUGUCACGCCUGGCUCGGAGAAUCGAGCGCUGCUGCUGCACCUGCCUCGGACUUUCUCCUUUAGCUUUUGUAUACGGCCUCACAACAUGGGGAGUCUGGGUGAUUAUCAGCAUAGGAUCAUCCAAUACGUCUUCCAGCUGGAUAGGGCGGCCUCGACAUACCUAGGCACAACAUCUUCCCUCUUUGGCAUCAUUCUCUACCUCCUUCUCAACUGGUCAUAUACAACGGCCGUCUUCACCCCACCGGGUAGCACAACCGACAAUAAUGGCUACAGCGCACUUCCUACCGCCCGCGCCCCGUCGGCGACGUCCUUCACGGUGAAAUCAAACGGCGAGCUGCGCUUCUGUAAAAAGUGUCAGGCCCGCAAGCCAGACCGAUCGCACCACUGCUCUACAUGUCGCCGCUGCGUGCUCAAGAUGGACCACCACUGUCCCUGGCUUGCCACCUGCGUUGGCCUACGAAACCACAAGGCCUUUAUCCUUUUCCUCAUCUAUACGACACUCUUCUGCUGGUAUGCCUUUGCCGUCUCGGGCAUGUGGACCUACAACGAGAUCAUGCUGGACACCACUUAUGUCCAGGACCUGAUGCCGAUAAACUACAUCAUGCUCUGCGUCAUCUCGGGCAUCAUCGGCCUCGUGGUCGGCGCCUUCACCAUUUGGCACCUCGUACUGGUUGGCCGCGGCCAGACCACCAUCGAGUGCCUCGAGAAGACGCGCUACCUGUCCCCGCUGCGCAAGUCUCUUAGGAACGCUUACGACGCACAGCACAGUGGCCACGGCAUCCCCCUGCCGGCCUAUGGUCAGCAGAUCCUCGAGAUGCACGAGAACAUCGCACCAGGGAUAACGCGGCCCGAGGAGGGCGAGGACUACGCCAGCGGUGGCGGUCAACCGGCCUCUACCUUUGCCCAGCGCAACGGCAAUGGCGCUCUGUAUAGCGAGGUGCCCGGCCCGGAGGGUCAGAUGGGCCGUCGCCUAACGUACGAUGAGCUCGAACGGUACAGGGCCCGCAAGCGCUACGACGAGUACCUCGACGAGCAGGAUAGCGCCAAGCUCCCCAACGUCUUCGACCUCGGCGUCCGCCGAAACUACCUCCACCUGUUUGGCCACAACCCCUGGCUCUGGCCUCUCCCCAUCUGCACCACCACCGGCGACGGCUGGUCCUGGGAGCCAAGCCCCAAGUGGAUCGAGGCGAGGGACAAGCUCGCCCUCGAGCGGGAGCAGCAGCGCGCCAGGGAGCGCGCCGCCGGCUGGGGCAUGCCCGACGAUGCACACGACGCCGCGCCGCCGCCGUGGAGCCAAACGUCACAAUCAGCCCCCGUGUACGCGCAGAACGGCCAGCAGCAGACGCACGACGAAUUCCACAACAUAGCCUCCCCGGCGGCCGGUGGGGCUGGCAGGCACUACAACAAGAGCCCGAUCGCCGGCGCCCGCAUGCCUUCCAAAGCAGACCGGGUUCUCGGCCGAGAUCCGAAUCUGUAUGUGGACGCGGCGCCGUCUCAACCCCCGCCGGCGUCUCUUUCCAUGCGCCGCCUCGGCCCCAAGGGACGGGACGAUCUCCUCGAUGAUGACGACGACGAAGACGACUACGAAGACGACGAAGAUACUGCCGUUCUCGAGCAGGACUUCGCGGCUCCGGUGGUGACGGCCAAUAAUAUUGCGACGGACAGGAGGUCGCCCGGCUUGCGGCCGGACAAGGACUGGGGCCGCGGAGGCGCGAGCGGCCUGCUCAGGGGCACCAGCGCCAUGGGCCCGAAGUCACCUGUCACGACCGGCAGGGCGAGAGGCGAUUCGGACAUUGACGUUGAUUAA